AUGGCAAGAAUUUCGUAUGAAUCCGAUGAGAAUCAGAAAGAACAAUCGUUAACAAGAUUACGGGAUAAUAUGGAUGCACCAGCUCCAAAACAUCGAAAAAAUAAGAUAAUAACAGAUGAAUGUUUAGUAAAAUUACGGCAACGUUAUGAGGACGAACGUAUUGAUAUUGCAAAUUUCUUAAAGACUGCUGCUAAUUAUUGGAAAGUAAAUCCAUUAUAG